UUCACCCUCCGAGGAGAUGCAGUGCCUCUCUUUCAAAGCAUCAUCAUCGCGUAUUACAUCCCCACAAACCCUCGAUUUACAUUCCUAUCCCCCACUUUCCCAAGCCGGGACUUCUACGGAGGGAACGCCUAGGUCCAGCAUUCAGGCCUCGCCCUCAAUCGACCUCACUAGCGAAUUCGCACGAGCCGUACAGAGCAAUUCCUUUGGUGAAAUUCGGUCCCGGGUUCAUGAUAUUAUUGGAGUCCAUGAACGAGAACAAGUUGAGAUUGUGAAUGGAAAUGGGGUGGUUGGGGGUGCCCACCAGUUGCUUUUGUCGCAGCUGCUGCAACCCAACCGGGAAUCUGUUGAAGAAGCUUUGCGCCAUGCCAAGCCCAACACUCUCACCCGCUUGGUCUCUACUUACUUUGAUCACAGCGAAAAUACCACCAACCGUUCCCUUGUGCUUUUCGGGACCCUGGGUCGUGCACGACUUCUGUAUGCUGAUAUCGACGAGCUUCUUGAUGUGUUGCCCGACGACCCUGAUUCCUUUACACAAUCACAGUGCAAUAGGGCGUUCGAUAUUUUCCUUCAAUUUGACCGUCUCGACAACCCUUUUCCUUGUCCUGGCUCGGAUAACUUCAUUGAAAUGGACCGCUGCUUCUCCCAGCUCAAGCAGCAGCUUGAGCGCCGCCUCAACAGGUCACGUUCUAGAGUUCGCCUCCUGCACCGAUCAACUGCUGCUUCUGCCGUUUGCUUAAUCGGCACUGUCAUUGCAGUUGCUAUUACUACUGCAUUUGUUGCAACACAUGCCCUUGCUGCCAUUGUUGCUACCCCCUUUUGUACUGCCUGUGUCCCUUGUGGUCUUAAGAAGAAAGAGCUUGCCCGUAUGGCUCAACUUGAUGCUGCUGCUAUGGGAGUGUUUGUCCUUAACCAUCAUCUACGUACCGUUGACACCCUUGUUGUCAGCUUGUACAAUGCUGUUGAAAGUGACAAGGACCUUAUCCGACUUGGAUUGGAAAGCGGCAGGGACAGGUAUCUAUUCCAUGGGGUGGUGAAACAGCUUCACAAGAGCCGUCUCAGUUUUACUGAGCAGCUCAAGGAUCUUGAGGAGCAUAUAUGUCUAUGUUUUAAGUAUGUCAAUAACGCCAGAUCUUUGCUCUUCCAAGAGAUUCAUCUUCAUGACUCAUCCAAUUCCUAGAUGAUUGUAGGCUGCUCUGUGGUCUCGUUUAGUGCCCCUCCUUGAUGUGUAUACGCCAAGAACUCACUAUAACAUGUUAAUUCAACCCCAAAAAGACUCUGCUGGCCCUCCUUUUAAAAUUGGGCAGUCAAUUGCUUGUCUCGGUAAUCAUUGUAGCCAAGACACAUGGUUAGUUCUUCAAUAUUCUAUCUUUUCCCUAUAAUUUUAUUUGUUUGUGCAAAGCUGGUAUAGUUUCUCUGAAAAGUUAAGAAGGGAUGAUGUCGCCAUGCAGUUUAUCAUUAUGGCAGUGAAUUGAAGAUAUGCGAUUGUCUUUGAAUUGUGUCACUGAGGAAUAUCAGAUGGAUUAUACAUGUUAGUGAUUGCAAGUUUUAAUAAGUUGAGUCUAACCUUGUCCCUUUCAAUGACAAUUGGUGGUGGUUUCAUGUGCUUUUAAUAACUUUCUUGACAUGAUGAGAAUUUCUCUGAACUUUUCCUGAACCAUUUUUUUAAAAGAUAAUAUUUAAAAAUUUAUGUGACCUUAACACUUUGUUUUGUGGCAAUAACCGUACUAAAUGGAUAGAUUCUAUCAUUCUAAUCAUUCAAUGGAAAACAAAGAGGGGCUUUUGUACUAAGAAGAGAAGAAGAGCCAUAGAUUUAUUUAUUUAUCAGAAAUGGUUUUUUUAAUGGGUACUGCACACAAAAAGUGAAGUUU